AAAACAAAACAAAACAAAACAAAGCGACACAUAUUUAAUUUUCAAGCGAUCGUGAGACGCUUGGCAUGCUGGCGCAUAGCAGGCACGUGACACAAGGCCGGGCAGCGGUAGCCUUUGGUGGGCGUGGGUUUGGUAAGCGUAUUUUCAAGGAGCAAGAUGUCUCAGAGUCCAGGGAGAGCAACGCCGGGAAGGAGAAAAGACAGCGAAGGAGGAAAGAGGAAAAGGGACGAGGUGAGGAGGAACCAGGGUGGAGGGCGCCAGCGAGAGGCCCAGGCUGGGGCUGGAGCGCACGAGGCCUAGCUUGGGCGGAGCGGAGACCCCGAGCGGCACAGAGGGAACGCCCUGAAGCCGGUGCCCUGCAGAUCGGGCCCGACCAGGCGCCGGCAGUGACUCAGCGCGGGGAGGGUGGCGACUCGUUGGCACUGGAGAUUCGAACUGUUCUGGGCCUUGAACGCCGGGAUGAGUGGGGUGAACAAGUGUCUUCGGAGCCGGUCGCGGGCAAGUGCUGGACACCAAGAUGCCUGAUGAACAGCAGACACCGAAGGAGGAGGAGGAAGAGAUGCAAGAGGAGAUGGUGCUGCUGGUGAAGGAUGACAAUGAGGGUGAGGAGAAGUAUGAGGUGUUGAAACUCAAGAUCCCCGUGGACAACAAGCAGCAGGUCCCGAGCAAGGCCGCAGCGAAGGCCGCAGCGCAGGCCCCCGAUCCGGCGCGCCCGCACGCGUGCGCGGACUGCGGCCGUGCUUUUGCACGCCGGUCCACCCUAGCCAAGCAUUCGCGCACGCACACGGGUGAACGGCCCUUCGAAUGCCCCGAGUGCGGCCGGGGCUUCUCGCAGAAGUCGGCGCUGACCAAACACGGCCGCACGCACACCGGCGAGCGGCCCUUCGUCUGCACCGAGUGCGGCCAGCGCUUCUCCCAGAAGUCGGCGCUGACCAAACACGGCCGCAUGCACACGGGCGAGCGGCCCUACAAGUGCCCGGAGUGUGACAAGAGCUUCUCCGCCGCCUCCAACCUGCAGCAACACCGGCGGCGCCACACGGGCGAGAAGCCCUACGUGUGCACGCAGUGCGGGCGCCGCUUCGCUCAGAGCUCCAACUACGCGCAGCACCUGCGCGUGCACACCGGCGAGAAGCCCUACGCCUGCCCCGACUGCGGGCGCGCCUUCGGCGGCAGCUCGUGCCUGGCGCGCCACCGACGCACGCACACCGGGGAGCGGCCGUACGCAUGCGCCGACUGCGGCACGCGCUUCGCGCAGAGCUCGGCGCUGGCCAAGCACCGGCGCGUGCACACGGGCGAGAAGCCGCACCGCUGUGCCGUGUGUGGCCGCCGUUUUGGCCACCGGUCCAACCUGGCGGAGCAUUCGCGCACGCACACGGGCGAGCGGCCCUACCCCUGCACCGAGUGCGGUCGGCGCUUUCGCCUCAGCUCCCACUACGUCCGCCACCGUCGUGCGCACGUGCUGCACCGUCUCUAUAUCUGCACUGUGUGCGGCCAAGACUUCAAGCUGCCCCCUGGCGUUUCGGCCGCCAGCGUUAGCGAGCGCUGCCCAGGGUGUGAGAGUAGGUGAGCCCCCUGUCGCUGCGGCUGCUAGUGUCUGGCUGAGGAGGCGCAUGCCAGGGCCCCGACCCCCAGGGGCUGGACUAACUGGACAAGGACUGCGGGACCCUGGUCUGGGAAAGGGUGGGAUGGCAGAACUGGCUGCCCGGGACCUGGGAGACAUGGCAAAUCCCCUACUGGGAUUUUUGGGAACAGUGGCCUCUCCCACCUCACUACAAAUCCUCCACCCGUGUUAGUGAAUAUUAAGUAUUAUAUCCUGACGCACACCUGCCUGUGAAUGAGCAGAUGGGGAGAGGAGCAAAGUUGGGGUAUUCCCCGGUCUUAGGUGACUUAAGUGAAUCGGCACGGAACCAAGUGGGUGUCUAUAAGCCCAAAAGGGUUCCUGGAACUGGGUUUGUGUGUGUGGAGUCAGGCUGAAGCUGAAGGGGCCGACAGUUUCGGUGCCCUUGCCCCCGCCCUGCCUCCCCAGGCUUCUCCCCACCCACAGUGGACAUGUCACCCACUGAGCUGCUGCCCAGAUGCACUACGAACCCCCAGCUCAGCUCGGAGCCCGUCUCCAGAGGCUCUGGCCAAUCACGGGCGUAGCGAUUGCCCGUCUCCAGAGGCUCUGGCCAAUCACGGGCGUUAGCGAUUGCUUCCGGGGGCAGAGCCGCAGGAAAGGCCAGUUACUUGUGUGGAGCUUGCUAUAGGCCGCCCCUUACCCGGACUGGACCAAUAGGAGCAAGCUUCAGGCGCGCGCUCAUAGGCCUCUGCCGUGGUUUGCUUCUUUGUUGGCCAAUCAUCUUAAAGGUGUGGAUACCAAACCGUUUGAGAUGUUCUAUUGCAGUGGGUCUCAACCUUCCUAAUGCCGCGACCCUUUAAAACAGUUCCUCAUGUUGUGGUGACCCCCAACCAUAAAAUUAUUUUCGUGGCUACUUCAUAACUGUAAUUUUGCUACUGUUAUGAAUCGUAAUGUAAAUAUCUGAUAUGCAGGAUGUAUUUUCAUUGUUACAAAUUGAACAUCAUUAAAGCAUAGUGAUUCAUCACAAAAACAA